AGACGAUUUUUAAUGGCCGCCUCACCGAGCGCCUAUUUACGCUCACCAUUUGAAAAUGUCUUGCAUAUUCUUCCGCAAGGACAUGAUAAGGCUUUGAAACAAGCCUUCUAUAACACUGGUGCAACAUUAUUUAUUGCAAUCGUUUUGGCAGUAUGUCUUGCUGUUUAUUAUAUACUUCAAUUCUUCAUCAAACCAUUAUUAUGGGCUCUACUAUGCGGAUCGUUCCUUUACCCUUUUAAAAAAACCUUAUACGAUAUAGUAGGAAAAUGGUUGAAGGGUAUGAAAAUAUCCGGAACACCCAUUCUUGUUGGGACAACGCUAGUUCCAUUCCAGGUUUGGAGUUUGGUUGCAUGCUAUGUAUUUGUUAUUUUAUUCUUUUGGUCGGAAGAGACUAGAUUUGUACUAAAAAAAUUAUCUAUUCCGAUAUGGAUAAUUAUGAUAUUUCAUUUGGCGUCAGCCUCUGGCACUAUUCGAAUGAGUCUGCCUUUAAUCAUAAUCAUCGCUUCCCUAAUGCUUAUUGGUUUCGUGACUGAAAUUAGAACAUCCAGUACUGGUAGCAGUGACGAUGAACACGAUGGUUUUGAUCUCACUAAAACUCUCUCUUCUAUUGGAAUAUUACCCGAACCGAAAGAAACUGAGCAAUCAACUGACAAUACUGAUUCAUCCGACAAAGUAAAGCCUAAAAAGAAAAAGAAACAAAAGAAAUUAAGCGACAAAUUUUUCAUUUAUCUGCUUUACGCUAUUGUAGUUGUUCAAAUAUGGAAUAAUUUUUGGUUCCUUAUACAACUUGGCCCUAUUAUAGUUAUUCCUGUUCUAGCUAAAAGAGCAGGAAAGCAAUUGACUUCAUGGAAAAUUUUCAGAAAGCAAUUAGCCGACUUUGCUGUGUAUUUGACCGAGAAAGUGCGAGGAGAUUCGAGAUUAGAUUUAAUCGCUCCAAGACCCAUCAGAGGAAUCUGGAAACUUUUAUUGAAAGGCGAUUCUAAACUAAUAACUGUAUUUGAAAAUGGUCUGGACAAGUUACUCAGUCUCGUUAUUAUCUUCAUGCUGUUCUUUGCCAUAGUGUUAACAUCUGUCUUUAUCAUUGCACAGGUUCAUAGAGAGAGUGUUCAUCUUGUUACAGUAACAAGCAACGUUUUAAAUAAAUCUAUGAAUUCUGAUAUAAGUGACUGGAUUCCUCAAAAUGAAAAUAUGCAAAAAGCACUUGAUUCAGUUUUGGAUAAGGGAUAUCACUAUGGAAGACAAUGGAUAAAGCUAAAGAUAUCAGAUUCUCUUAGCGAUGCUGACGCUGAAAGUAAAAAGAGAAUUCAAAAUCAAUUUUUAGCUAUAUGGGAUAAGCUUUACCACAAUUGGUUAUAUCGUAAUGCAACAGAUUCGAUUCCCGUAUCUCAACAGAAGAGACCACAGUAUUAUAGAUCAUUUUCAAUGGAUUUUUCCAUUUCCCAAUUGUGGAACAUAACAGGAAACAUAGCUGAUUUAAACCUAGACAUAGUUGGCUUUUUGAAAGAGAAUAUGCACGUAUUUACAUCCGUUUUGGAAUCUGUCUACCUUGUUUUGAAAGGAAAUGUAAAUCUAGUCAUAACAAUUUUAACGGCAACGUUAUCCAUGCUUUUAGGAGGUGGUACGGCAAUAUUGAACUUUUUAUUAUCUCUAGUCGUAUUCGUAACUACACUAUUCUAUUUACUCGCUUCGAGCGACGAUACCUACAAGCCACUCCAAUGGAUUAGUGCUAUAAGUCUAAGUAAUUUAGAGCAAGCUAUAUCCGAAGCUAUAUCUUCUGUGUUUCAAGCGUCUCUAAAGAUGAUGAUGUUUUAUGGAUUAUACACUUGGCUUACGCAUACCUUUUUCAAAAUCAAUAUUGUUUUUAUUCCUGCCGCUUUAGCAGCAACAUUUGGGGCCGUUCCCUUUAUAGGUACAUAUUGGGCAGCUUUACCGGCUGUUUUGGAAUUAUGGCUGGUUCACAAUGAUUGGAUAUCAGCUGUAAUUUUAGCUACUAUUCAUGUUCUUCCUACAUAUAUUGUUGAUACUACAAUUUAUGCUGAAAUUAAAGGAGGUCAUCCUUACUUAACUGGUUUAGCAAUAGCAGGAGGAGUUUAUUGGCUAGGUCUUGAAGGAGCUAUUUUCGGACCAAUGAUUCUCUGCUGCUUAAUAGUCACAACAAAUGUUUAUACGAGCAUCUUGGCUGAAGAAGCGCCUGAAACUACUAAGAAACGGUUAUCGAAAGCCAACCUUGAAAGACUUAUAAGGACCAGGAGCGAAGAUCUCAGCAAUUGA